CCUUAAUUCAAUUUUGUUUUUUAACUUAAAAGGAUUUGAUUUAACAAGUUCAUGAUUUAGGUGAUUUAAUUUAGUAUAGAAAUAAUUGACAUAGAUUUUGUGAAUCACCAUGAACAGUGUUUAACAUCUGCUUGUGAUACAUUAUUGAUUAUUUCGCCCGGGUAAAAAUAAACAUUAUUUGUAAAUUUUAGUAUAAAAAGUAUUUUUUUCAAUUGUAAAAUCAUCAGUUCACUUUUGGUUCUCUGACAAUUCAAACUUACAAAUCCUAAUAAAAAUGAAUCCAUACAUGUGGGGAAUGGGACCAAUGAUGUCACCAUGGGGAAUGGGAGGCAUGGGAGGCAUGGGCGGCAUGGGAGGCAUGGGAGGUGGAUGUGGAGGUGGCUGCUGGUAAAUCAAAAUUGACACUGAUCCGGAAAAUAAAAAUGAUGACCUCAAGAACUUAAAUGGACAUUGACAACUCUAUGGAAUUGGCAGAAAACUCUCAUUUAAUAUAUCAUUGAUAUGGAUUUUGGUCACACUUUUUUCACACAAAAUAAUAAAAAAAAGAUAUUUUUUCUCUAAUAUUAAACUUUUUUUGCUAUUUUUUUCAAUGCCAUGAAAUCAAAAAUUGU